GAGGGGGAGGAAGGGAGGGAGGGAGAAAGAGAACCUUCAAUAACUAUUAUGUUAAAAGGAGAGACACGCCCUCUUAAACACUAUCAGCGAGUCGAUACCGUCUUCGAUGCCCCACCCAAUGCCUCGCUGGUCAUUGGCAAGAGGCCCUGGCGUCGCAUUCUGCCGCUCCCGUCGCUGUGCCUAUAACUGCCUGCUCCCUGCUAAUUGCUCGUCAUGGCACCGGGCAUUCCUAUCUACUCGCGAUUACUCCGCUUCUGGGCCACCGUUUUCAGGGCUUUAGGAGGCUUCCCCUACUCCUGGAACAGCCGUGACAGUGUAGCCUUGUUCCCCGGACUCAAGCUACGCAAAGGCCUGAAAGUUUGGUCGCUUUUCAUAAAUUCCCUUAUCUGGGUGUUCAUCAUUCUUCACACGUCCACUUUGGUGCUGAAUAUUUGGCCGGAUCCUCUAUCCACUAGCCUAACCAACCUUGCUGUAAGAAAGGUUCUUCAAGCAGUAGAAAUCUUGGUGAUCCUCAUCUUGCAGCUCCAUUUGUGGCUGAAGGAAGGUGAUUUGCAUUGUCUCUUUUCUCACCUAGAUAUGUGUUCAUCGGGACCCUGGAUGCGCGAAUGGGCAAUUGCUCAUAAUAAGGGCUAUAUGUUUAUCAUCCUCCUCCAUGUCAUCUAUAUUAUCUUCAUAGUUGUAGGCGUAUUACUAUCAGCUACAAUAUCACUUGCUUUAAUAAGUGAGGCCAUAUUUUACGAAGCAUAUACCAUUUUGGUAUCUGUGCAAAUAUUAUCGCUUUACAUGAUUGGCAACUUCCCAUACUUAUUGUUAACAGACAUUUUUGAAACCUUCAAUGCCAAAGUCAAAUUAGGCUCUGGCAAAUACGGCUCCAAGAGGGCCGAGCAAGCCAACGUUCUGCUCCAGGUUGAACCGUGGACGAAAUCUUCCGUCGUCCCGGUGGACUACAGCGCCUCGUCAGAAUUUCAAGUUGCCCUGGGAAGCCUUGCCAAGAGGCCGAGGGAAGCAAGAGAGAGCAAGACAAACGUCAUGCGGGAACUCUGCAGAAAAGUCGACCAGGUCCAUGAGUUCCAAUUGCUCUUCAACCGCUACUUCGGGUUUCCAACGCUGGUCAUCACGUCCAUCUCCGUCUUCUGGGUCAUACACGACGUGGACUCCCUGAUUCACAAUGCGGACUUCAAAAUAUCUUUGAAAUUAUUGCUAUACAUCAUCUACUGUAUUUCUGUGCUAGUCCUCUUAUGCUGCGUCAAAGAAGCAUCGAACGGAAAGAUUGAUGGCUUGCGGUCUGUGGUUUCCCGCUGCAGAAUAGCAACCUCUGACCCAGAGUUGGAAAAACAGCUGACCUACUUCCUCGACCUACUUGACCUGUUGCCAGACUUCCGCGUAAUGGACUUCUACACUGCAUCGAAGGCCAGACUAGUCGACAUCUCCAGCUUCAUCGCAACCUACCUUGUGAUAUUAAUGCAGUUCAGGACAUCAGAACAACCCAAGUCAGAGUGACAGAAAAGCGAAGGAGAUAUGGAAUUCUAUAGAAGUUUGUUGACAGGUUCUGCUGAUAGUCAUUUCACCAGAGAUAGUGUGUCAUUGUAGUUGUAUACAUAUGUAUAUGAACGAUGAUUUAUGUGGAAUUCUAUAUAUGUACUGAAUAGACAAAAACUGGUAUUUCUGCAGCUUCAAAUUAUGAAUAACAAGAUGAAUAACAAGUUGUUAGGGUAAAUCCUGCUCCUCAAUUGAUUGUUUACAGA